AUGGUGUCGCUGAAGCUGCAGGCUCGCUUGGCUGCGGACAUCCUCCGCUGCGGUCGCAACCGUGUGUGGCUGGACCCCAAUGAGGCGAUGGAGAUCCAGAACGCAAACUCGCGCAAGAGUGUGCGCAAGCUGAUCAAGGAUGGUCUUGUCAUCCGCAAGCCUGUCAAGGUGCACUCGCGCUCCCGCUGGCGUCACAUGAAGGAGGCGAAGAGCAUGGGCCGCCACGAGGGAACUGGCCGCCGUGAGGGUACCCGCGAGGCGCGCAUGCCGAGCAAGGAGCUGUGGAUGCGCCGUCUGCGCAUUCUCCGCCGCCUGCUGCGCAAGUACCGCGAGGAGAAGAAGAUCGACCGCCACAUUUACCGCGAGCUGUACACCAAGGCGAAGGGCAACGUGUUCCGCAACAAGCGCAACCUUAUGGAGCACAUCCACAAGGUGAAGAACGAGAAGAAGAAGGAGCGCCAGCUGGCUGAGCAGCUUGCGGCGAAGCGCCUGAAGGAUGAGCAGAACCGCCACAAGGCCCGCAAGCAGGAGCUGAAGAAGCGCGAGAAGGACCGCGAACGUGCGCGCCGCGAGGAUGCCGCCGCCGCUGCUGCCGCCAAGUUGAGCGCUGCCGCCAAGAAGGCCGCUGCACCUGCUGGCAAGAAGGGCGUGAAGGCU